AUGGCGCCAUCUACAGUCUCUACCUUGACACACCUUCUCGUUUUAUCAACUUUCCUUUAUAAUGCGAGUGCACUCUCCGACAUAUAUCAUGUCGAGCGGAGACAGGGUCCUUUCAAAUCAGGCACGUGGGGGAAUACAACCCGUAUUUCUUCAAGUUCUAUUGUGACGCCUACGACCAGUUCUACUGCUGAUCUCCCCCCGAAUACGAGUAUUAUCUCAACUUUGAAACCACUAACUAUAAGCUCUUCAUUGUCAACUUCUCCAUCCUUUCUUACGACAAUUGCUAGUGCGCCAACGACUGUCAUUAUCACAUAUGAUCAUACAACUUCAAUUGCUACAUACACAUCGGGUGCUCAGAUCAUAAUACCUGUUGGGGGCGGUAGCUCGGGAGGUGGUGGUGGUGGCGGUGGAGGGGGAGGGGGAGGUAAAUUACCCUAUUUCUUAUAUUGACUCCUCUCAUCCAGCACAGGCUCUUCAGCCAGAGGAGAGUCUACUCAACUCAAGUUAUUUUCGGAUAAAAUCCCUUGAGAUAUGCUUAGGGAUAUGGUUCGAUUAAUUUUGCUAACGACUUACUAGGUGGAGAGAAGGAUCCGGAAAAGCCGUCGUCUCAAACCUCCCAAACAUCAACAACUUCCUCCUCAAGCUCCUCAUCGAAAUUCAAGUUGGUUUGCGCAGCAACAUGCACAGCUUGUAACCCAGCAAAGCGACAUGCAGCACCGACUUCUACUCCAUAUGAAGCUAAGCGAGAAAUAAACAAUUUACAGUGACUCGACAAGCGAACUCUUGACUGGGUAGAGAAUGCCGAGAUCAUAAACGAAGUCUAUGAGGAAGUGAAGAAGAGAAGCAAAAUAAGCGGUAGCAACAGUAUCAACGUUGAGCAUGAGACAGAAGGUGAACUUUGACAAACUGGCAAAUCAUCAUCAAGAUUCCUACCUUUUGAUGAGAAGGAGGGUAACCUGAUGGUUGAGUAUUUGACUGAAUGUACUUCUGUCAUCGUCGUGUCACGCAAGGGCGCCUGGAUGAGCCAUUUGUGGGAAUCUCCCGGUUUCCAAGUUGUAAGCGGGGUUCCGGAUCGAUUUCAAACAGUCACGCUUGAUUACUUGGAGACGGAAAUCUCAAAGUAUAAACCAGAAUUCGCGGACACCGCAACGACAAAGAUUUAUAUUAUGACACCCAGCGCGGAAGAACAAGAUAGUGCAAGAGACUCCGGAAAGGGCGACUGGCCAGUGGAUUAUGGACCUAAGGUGGAUCAAAUCACUUCAUUGCUUGGAAGAUUGAUACCUGGUGUGCCCAUUAGUGCCACUGAGAAAUUCAUAUACGCAAGACAGUUGAACGGACCAUACCGACAAAAUGGAGUCUUUGGGAAAGCACUUGUAAGUCACUUGAACUUUGGCAGUGUGCUCAUAGUAUUUACUGAUUACUGUUUAGGUGGUUUAUAGCAACUCCCAAGAGUCAGACAUGAGCACUUCUGAGGAUUGGAACCCAUCUCGGCACUUCUGGCGACUAUAUAUACAAAGCAAAGUAAUGGGCGAAGAUAACUGGAUUCCUUGUUCUGCAAAGCAAAAACGAGAUGGAACUUGUCAAAAGCCCAUCUCUAGCUCCAGAUCAUCCAGUGCGAAGUCAAGCAAACCUACUACUUUGUCAACCACUACAGUAUCAAAAUCGUCGUCAUCCCUCGUAAUCACAACUACUUUAAGUUCUUCGAAACCAUCUCUCCCGACUGAUCUUCCAACUUUGAGCAAGCAGUGCUCUCGCAGUUCCUACGUCAACUGCAAACUUAUCUUUUACGCUGAGACUGGAACAAUCUGCCCGACCGCUAGUGUCACCCUUCCGGCCGAUUUUGAUGCUACUAAGACACCCACACCAUCACCGACACCACCCCCAACCCCACCGAAGGCUUACCAAGGAGGAUAUUGUUCACUGCAUAUCUCCGAAAAGGUAUACGACGGAAAGGAUCCGUUGGACUCGGAAGUGACUGUCAAAGACGGCGGUGGAAAAGAACUCACCUAA